UGCGUGGUUGUUCUUUUUUAUGGAGGGGAAAAUGUCAAGGAGAUCGGGCACUUGCGUGAGGUGUUGUUUGGUGAUAUUCGGCGGUGGUUUCGACUCUGAUGAUUUGCAGACCGAUAAUUUAUUGGAGAUUCAAGAAGAUGAUAAGGUUGUCCGAUUCCAAAGCUUCUUCUGAUCAACUCCCUCGCAAAUCCGAUUCCUCCCAACACCCAUUCGUUUCCCCCACUCCGUCUCCCCCUACGUCGCCCGUCGCAAAUCCCACGACCAUCGUGGCGGCGACGGAGUCAACGACGUUCUCGACUCCUGGUCACACAGCCACCACCUUCCUCAUCUGCCUCGUCUUACUUCCAGGGGAAGUAUGCCAAGCUGUCUCUCUUCGCCAAUCUCUUUUGAUCCAGAUCCAACAAACUGCGGAAUCCAGAUCCCGAUAUUGAUGUCGCUGCUGCGGAUUCAGUUUAGCCUGCUGGCUCUUCUUCUUCUUCCUGGUUUUCUUCGAUCCUACUUAGUCGAUGGAAGAAGCAAUCUGUUGUGGUGAGGGCCAGCCCAACCAACACUGGAACUAGAAUGCAGGGAGCUUGGCGAGGUGCGGGUGGCGGUGAAGCCAAAUCUCUCCAUGUCUGCAUCGUAUUGCGCGAAUCGGUCCCGAAAGCUAGCGGACUUCGAGUGGGCGAUGAUGGGAGAAGUAAGGGGAAAUCGACGACAGAGGUUGGAAGACGGGAGAGGGAAAGGGAAAUUCCCAAUCGAUUAGUUUAUGUUUAUGUUUUUUUAUUAUUUUAUUAUUUUCUUUUAUGGAAAAUAAUUAUUAAUUCCACUU